AUGCCUUUUGGAUUAAAAGUUGCUCCUUCACUGUUCCAAAAAGCCAUGACCAAGAUAUUUGCUCCAAUUCUUGAUAAUGCCUUGAUCUGUAUUGAUGAUAUCUUACUAUUCUCUCCUGAUGACACCUUUCAUGCACAGUUAUUGGAUAAGUUCCAACGCAUUGUUCAACAAUAUGGGAUAAUGCUUCAGAGAAAAAGAUACUCAUUGUACAUUGCUCAACCUCAUAUUGCUCAGUCACUUGCAGAUUUCCCUGAUGCAAAUCUCUCAAAGAAACAAAUCCAAUAUUGCCCAGCUCACAUAUCCACUCAGAUAGAUGCUCAAAAAAAACCACACACGUGGUCUCAGAUUCAGACAAAUGCAGUACAAGCCUUGAAGAUAAAAGCAAAGUCACUUCCCACUUUAAAGAUUCCCUCAAAUGGCAAAAAAAUAUUACAGAUAGAUGCUAGUGAACAGUUCUGGUCAGCAAUCCUUUUAGAAGAAAAAAAUGGAACCAGAUAA